AAAGUUAAACAAUGGCCUUAAGUGGUAAUUGCACGAGGCGAAGCCAAGUGCUAUUUACCCUUGCCAUUGCUUAAUUGUCAUGAGAGUGCAUGCAUAUGCAUGCCCCUUCUUGAUUGUACAAGUAUAAUAUGGUUUCUAAUCGUUUAUGAGGCAAUUCUCUGCAGUUUUAAUAAUCGGACGCGGUGAAAACAGCCCCUGUGCAAUUACUCCCUUGACAACGUGCAAUUACUGCAAUUACUGAUACAUUCCAGAUUAAUAGUAUGGUUACUCAUGCAUUCAUAACGGGGUUACUCAUGCAUUGAUACUCUCAUGGGGAUGAAUUGGUAAAGUGAUACUAUAUUAUUGUAACAGACCAGGCAUGCAAGUCAAUUAAGUCAAUUAGUGUUAAAUUGCAAUGUCUCGCAAUGCUCCCCCUGAGCUGCAAACAAGAUUUUUCUUUCGUGCUAAUGAUUAUCUCAAUGUUUUACUUCAAAUCAACACAGACAUACAUCUUUCUCGCUAUAAAUUAUUAUAGUGAUGUAAUGCUGCGACCCAGCUAUAUUCCAGUCAGAGGCAGCUAUCAAACGAUAAUGAUACUACACAUCUGUUUCACUUGAACAUAGACCUUUGUGAGCGAUGAAUUGGUCAAUGCUUCCACUGCAUGGAUACCAGUUUUUAUUUUGGUAUAGACAGCAUCAAUCAGAUAUUCCUCAGAACUUGCGUCUUAAUAUUGUUUUAUGCUUUUGAUGCUGAGCACUCGGCAGUUGCAAUACUCGGUCUUCAUUAGUGUAGUUUAAACUAAAGCUCAACAGACAAGUGAAAGGUGGACCACUUUUGGUGCAUGCGGACUACAAGUAAUAGUUGUGACACAUGCACGUGGAAUAUAUUGGCUCAGUAGUGACGUAGGCCCAAGGGCCGCAGGCAACCAGCACUACCAAAUCCACUGAGCCAAUGUGCAUGCAUGCACAGGAGUGAAGCAACUGAUUUGUUGUACAUAUUCCUUUUCUUGUACACAUUACUCCUUUUAUAUAGGACACUAUACUUGCAGACAUACUUAUGCCGGCCUACCACAAUUAUAACUCCAAUUAUAACCUUGUGAUACUAAACUUUGCAUGAUCUCUGAGAACAUACAAAUUAAUGUAAAAAUUUCGCCUCCGGCAGGAUGGGAGGGGGAAUUUCUCACUCCUGGGCCUAUAUCCCCUAUACCCGCAAAGCCCCCAUUUUUUUUUAUUACGGCCCUGAACUAGUACCAGGCCUAGUUGUUCGCCUAACCAUUAUAAAAGCGAAAACUCGAUCGGCCUGGGAUCAAGACAGGUUAAUAUAGCACUCGGAUACGCCUCGUGCAAUUAGAAGCCUUGGCAUUGCUUGUUACUCACGCUAUAUUAUCCCAUAUUGCACUCUUAACCAUACUAUUAAUUAUACUAAUGUAGAAUGAACUUGCGCAAAAAUUGAAGCGAAGGAGGAAAAUGAAUGGUGAAGAGAUUGAGGCCUAUCCAAUUGAACUUGAUAAGAUGUUUGAUAAAACCCCACAUCCCUAUCAAUUCGAGGAGGACAACAACUAGUGACCUGCAGAUAGCAGUGGUACUACAAGAUGCUCGCCAGAAACUGAAGCAGGAUCAUCACGGGACUCAACAGACAGAGCACAAACCAACGAGUGGGCUAUACUCUUCUGAGAAACAAUCAAAAAUUAAGAACAGAACUCAACAAGCUGAGCAAGUAUUUACUGGUGAAAAUUUCCAGGAAAAACCACAAGAAGGUGGUCGUACGCAUGGUGAUCGGGACUCUGACAUAUAUCGAUGGAACAGUCGAGUCCCUACUCCAGGUUGUAGGAAGGUGUGGCGUACACUGAAGUCCACCACCUCUCAAGCUGUUCUCAAUGCCAUAGAAUCCCUGACGAAUGUUUCAACUCAAAACCUCACCAUCAAGCGCAAGUUUAAGGAGAAAAGAGAAGGCCAGAUGACUAAGUGGUGGUUUGUGAUCAAUGCAGAUGAAGCUAUCUUGCUGGAACUUGAAACUGCGUGGAGUGUGAUAGAGCAGCAGACGGAAUGGACUCUCGGGCCAGUGUUGAGAUAUCCUGAGUCUGAGAGUGAUCCUGUUCCUACUCAACCAACAAAGAAAAUGAGCAGGAAAGAAAGAAAAAGAACAACGUAUAACCUGCAAAUUGAGAAGAUUGACCAACUAACCAAGGAGUGUGAGAGGCUUACCGCUGAGAAAAAUGCCAUGGCUGGGAUCUCAAUAAAGAAAAUGGAGGACGAGCUGAGGAGCCAAAGUGAGGAAGUGACACGACUUCGGAUGGAGGAAAUACUGAGAUUACAAAAUGAAGAAAAUUAUAAUUUGGAACAGAGACAAGCAAGUAGAAUAUUUAGGCAACUGGAUAGACGUAUGAAAGAGAUUGCCUUGCUAUUGCCGUCUAAAAAAAUCGAAGAGAAACGCCAGUAUAGUACGGAAGUUAAGGAGUUCACUGUGAAAUCAAAGACACCCAUCCAAUGUUCUGAUCAAAACCAAAUUGAAAGUGGCAGUUUUGGAUCUAUAUAUGCAGUCAACUUGAAUGGGACUCCUUGUAUCGCUAAGCGUCUACAUAACAUACUUAUGGGGCGUGACAACCACCCUGAGAUAAUAAAGGAAUAUCACGAAAAUUUUUGUCGCGAAUGCGUUUUAAUGAGCCGAGCAGAACAUACUAAUGUUGUCAAAUUCCUUGGAGUACAUUUUGGUAAAGAUGAGUUUGAUCUGACACUGUUUAUGGAACGACUUCACACUGACCUUAAUGUGUACCUCAGCAGUACACCAGACAUACCUAGUCGCACUAAGGUAUCAAUUCUUCACGAUGUCUCCUGUGGAUUACUCUAUCUUCACGAGGAGUGUUUUAUCAUCCAUCGUGAUCUCACAGCUGCCAACAUUCUCCUAACAGCCGAUAACCGAGCCAAGAUAGCCGACUUUGGUAUAUCGAGAAUGUUAAAUAGAAGUUUUCCACGACUCACGAAAAUUCCAGGUCAUUUCAUAUAUAUGCCCCCUGAGACUUUUAAAGAUAAUCCUACAUAUGACGAAAGCCUCGACGUCUUUUCGUUUGGCGUUCUCACUCUUUAUGUGGGGAUUCAGAUGUCACCUGACCUUUCCUGGGAUCCUGUGCCCAAUGAUGCCAAGGGGGAGCAAGAAAUCUUCAAGAGAAAAAUGUGGAUUGAGAUGAUGAAACAAAAACAACCUGAACUAAUCUCACUUGUCCUGUGGUGUUUGUCAGAUGACCCCAAAAGCCGACCCAGCACUUAUUGUGUGAACGUUACCCUUCAAGAAAUGAAAUAUGACCUUUAGCAACUAUACUGUAAGUCUACAUGCAUGAACAAUUUGUUUUUUUACCUUUACCUAUAAUGCAUGUAUUCAUUGCAAUUGUUACAGUUAUUACUGUACAUGUGUGAGCAUUAUCUUUUUGAAAAUUAA